AUGAUUUUAGGGAAGAUCAGUCAGAAUGAUCUAGUGGAGCGUUUGUCCCACCUCCCAGAACCUAAAGUUCUGCAGACCAUGAAGAGCAGUAAGAUUGGAGAACUGCCCAGGACCCUGACUGAGAUGUACCUCCGCUUCGUGGUUCUUCAGUCCAAAAACCUGCAGGAUUCAGGAGUGAAGCAACUUUCUGCUGGACUGGAGAGUCCACACUGUGAACUGGAAACUCUCAGCCUGUCAGGAUGUCUGAUCACAGAGGAAGGCUGUGCUUCUCUGGCCUCAGCUCUGCGGGCCAACCCCUCCCAUCUGAGAGAGCUGGACCUGAGCUACAAUCAUCCAGGAGACUCAGGAGAGAGGAUCCUGUCUGCUGGACUGGAGGAUCCACACUGGAGACUGGACACUCUCAGGGAACUGGAACUGGAUCCAAACACAAUGCACAGAAACCUCACACUGUCUGAUAACAACAGGAAGGUGACACAUGUGUAUGAGUAUCAGUCAUAUCCUGAUCAUCCAGACAGAUUUGACUACUGGUCUCAGCUGCUGAGUAGAAAUGAUCUGACUGGUCGCUGUUACUGGGAGGUCAAGUGGAGAGGAUACGUUUCUAUAUCAGUGAGUUACAGAAGAAUCAGCAGGAAAGGAAAGAGUAAUGACUGUAGGUUUGGAGGGAACAAUCAGUCCUGGAGUCUGGAGUGCUCUGAUGGUCGUUACUCUGUCUGGCACAAUCACAGACCAACACCCAUCUCCUCCUCCUCCUCCUCCUCCUCCUCCUCCUCCUCCUCCUCCUCCUCUGUCUCUAACAGAGUAGCAGUGUAUGUGGACUGUCCUGCUGGCACUCUGUCCUUCUACAGAGUCUCCUCUGACACACUGAUCCACCUCCACACCUUCAACACCACAUUCACUCAACCUCUGUGUGCUGGGUUUGGGUUCUGGUCUGGUUCUGGUUCCUCAGUGUCUCUGUGUGGUUUGUAGGAAGGAGAGUCUCCUCCUGUCAGAGAAAGGUUCUCAUGUUAUUUAGUACCAACCUGAUCUCUCACUGGUUGUAAAUAGAGUUUGUAAAGCCAACAUGGUUUCCACAUGACUGACAGUUAGUUAGUCAGUCACAUAUAUCCACAUUUAAAAAGCUGUAAAACAGAAGCUGAUUUUCUCAGAGCAGAUAUCUCAGUCUGUUAGAGGACUGUUUGGAGGUUGGGAGGUGGUGGCUUUGAUCCUUAUGAGUCUCAGUCAAUGUUCAAGUCCAACACCCAAAGUGAAACUCAGAAGCUCUCAGAGAGAAAACCACCAGCGGCUCAAAGUUUACUGAAACGUCAAGUUGUGAGCGAGCUUUUUAAACAUGUUGGAAGAGUUUAGCCACUAACUAUAACACACAUAAUGACAGGAAGUAUCUGCUG